CGUGAUCAAAAUCCCAAGAAGCGACGAUAUACAACAGAGGCGUCAGCAGCGGCGCCUGACUGACAAUCCAUAUGUCCCAUGUUUCGGCGGAGGAGUAACAUAGUUUCGAUCUUGAUAUGAACUUAUCUUGAAAGCGACGCCAACUUGCACCUGUGAUCAAAGCGCUUUAAGUCGGAAUGGAGUGUAGAACCGACAGCUGAAGACCCCCCGUUGAUAAACAGGCGACUUUCUCCCCCUCAGCCGCGAUGCAAAUGACAUUUGAUGCGUCCAGCAGUGUCACGCUCCUGUUUGACUUCUGGGCCGUCCAGAGCCCACCAGGGAUGGUGUUGUCAGUGCUGGUGGUGUGCCUGUUCACAGUCUUCUUUGAGUUCCUGAAGAUGUGGAGGAUCUGGUUGGGGAGCCCCCUCUCCAGCACCAAGUGCUUCAGGCCCAGCUACCCCCAACCCUGCGACGGCAGCCCCGGGGAGUGCAUCUCGGUGCUGGCCCCGGGCCGCUCCCAGUCCUCCCUGGCCCCCAUACAGCCCCCUGCGGACACGCCUGUCAUCGCCAACGGGUGGAUGCUACACAGCGUCCAGACAGCUCUCCAUGUUCUCCAGGUGGCCAUGAGCUACAUGCUAAUGCUAUGUGUCAUGUCCUACAAUGUAUGGAUCUUUCUGGGUGUCCUGUUUGGCGCAGGCCUAGGCUACUUCCUGGCCUACCCUUUAAUCGGACGGAUCUCAACCACCUGAACUACCUGGGCUAAUUCCUGGGCUAAAAUUUAACUUGACAGAUCCACAGUUGGAACUUUUGCGGUGUGGCUUGGGCUUAUUCCUGGAUCCACCCUGGAUUUUAAAACUGAGCAGAAAGGUUUACUGUAGGUUGGUUUGUCAAGUAUUUUCUUGAUCGGGAAUACGAGACGAUGAAAUAGAGAAUCCAGUUGCCAUUUAGGGUUGUGAAUUUUUCUGAAUUUCUCUUAAUUAUUUUUUUUAAAUCAUAGUCUUUACUACACUUCUGUCGUGUAGAACGAUAGUUGAUAGAAUUACUUUUCCUCAAUCACUGAAUCAUUUUUAAAAAUAUUAUUUUACUAACAUGGCGAUAUCUACGCAUACAGCGUAGGCCUAGUACAGAACUACAUUUUGUAUGUUAGUUUUAUGUGCACAAGCUGAUGACUGGACCGUCAUGAUGCACCAAUGGAUCACUACUGUUAGUAGUUAGGGCAACAGCAAAGCCCUCUGGGUCUGACCUUUGUUACCCAGGUAGCCCUGGCCUGGGAACAUGAAUGAGGGGAUAGCCUGACUUGCACCUGCUAGAUUUCCAUGAAAAAAGGAGUGUGCGUGAAUGUAGGAUGUUUGUUUUAAUGAUCCUACCAAUGCCCGAUCAGUGUUUUUAAUGAUUUUUUAAAAUAAAAACUUUUUUUUGAUGCA